GGGUUGCUGGUUAGUUCUUCAUAUAAAACAUUCUACUUCUAUUCUACUUCUAUUCCACCUCUAUUCUAUCCUCUCAUAUCCUAUCGCCAUGACGCGAAUAGUCUUAUCGACGGGGAACGUCAUCCUCAGCGGCCCCUCCAUCAUCAGAAAGCCAGGCACUUAUCGAUCCAACUUCGAACUCACAAAUUCCUUACGGACCAACUUCAUAGCCGCACAGCAAGAUUAUGCCGUCGCAUUACCAAACGGCAAUGGUUAUGCUUCUCACCCUCAACCAAAUGGAAAUGGAACCGCACAUAGUAGCAGACCGGCACCGGAGGUCUGGACCGCGAGAGAGGACGAUAUCCUAUACGUCCCGCGCAUCGACUGGGCAUCGGCCGGCCUGCAAGAAGAUCGCGCGCAGUACGAGAUAACGGUCAAGUUAUUCUUCCUACCUACAGCGCCGCCCGGGGCGCGGGGGCGCUACAUCGACGAAGCAUUGGGACUCGUUACUAAGGAGCUAGGUAUAAGCGACGUCGACCUCCUCAUAGUCUCCUUCCCCGGCAUAUCAUUUGAAGGGGAAUGCGAGUUCGAAGCCGACAGGAAGAAUGCGACUAUGGGCAACGACGAGGAAGAGAUAGCGACGUGGGGUCUGCUAGAAAAAUUGCACCUGCAGGGCCAGGUCGGCCGACUCGGGGUCGCCGAGUUCGGCACGGAGAAGCUAAGACGACUCCUUGAUAAGGUCAGGGUUCGGCCGGCCGUCGACCAGAUCAACAUCAAGAAUUGUUGCAAUGUGCCUCCACCCCUGACAAAAUUAGCCAAGAACGAGAACAUCGAGUUGCUCACCCAUCACGAUACUACGGAUAUCUUACCCAGCGGUACCUUGCGAGAACUCCUUGGCCAAGGUUCGCAAGGCGCGGGCGUCCUAGCGGAUGAUGGAGUGAAUGGUAGUGGCCUCAAGGGCGAAGUUACUCCCGAAUGGGUUGUCAAGUAUACAGCGUUCGUCAAAGAUCGGGGUGUUAUCGAGAAUAAGGGUUACUUUGCCGGCGCGGAGUUGACGGAAGAAGCAUAAACUAGGUGCAAAUUCCACGUCUUUUCUAUUGCAUAGUUUAAGGGAACAUAGCAUCGUUGGUUUUAGGGAUUGCUUGCAUUAGAUCACGAGGUUACAUGGCUAUAGCUACACGA